CAACAUUUAAACAGCCAAACCAAACAAAAGCCACACACGCCGCCCCGUGCUGCUCCACUGUACCACCACCCACACAGUCCCACUCUCCCACUAUCCCCUAGCCUCCAGCUGAGCCAGCUCCCCUCGCCGCCACGCCGGCAAUGGCGCCCGCUUGCUCCCUCCCCGCCCUUCUCCUCCUCACCCUCGCGGUGCUGUCCCCCACCCCGGCCGCGGCGGCGCGGUUCGCGUGCAACGCCACGGCGCCGCGGGCCUCCACCUGCCAGGCCCUCGUCUCCUACUCCCCGCCCAACGCCACCACCCUGGCCGCCGUCCGCGCGCUCUUCCAGCUCCGCUCGCACCGGGCGCUGCUUGCCUCCAACGACCUCCCGCUCUCCACGCCCACCACCGCGCCGGCCCCGUCCCCGGUCCGCGUCCGCCUGCCCUGCCUCUGCUCCGGGGGCGCCGGCGCCACCUUCCAGCGGCCCACCUACAAGGUCCGCGCGGGCGACACGCUCGACGCCGUCGCCCGCGGCGCCUUCGCGGGGCUCGUCACGUACCGCGACAUCGCCGCCGCCAACAACAUCUCCGACCCCAACCGGGUCGCCGUCGGCCAGGAGCUCUGGGUGCCGCUGCCCUGCAGCUGCGACCCCGUCGGAGGGGAGCCCGUCGUGCACCUCACGUACGUCGCGCCUGCCGGGAGCUCCGUCGCCGGGAUUGCGGAGGAGUACGGGACCACGGAGGAGACGAUUCUGGCCCUCAACCGCAUGCCCGACGCCAAGAGCCUCCUCGCCGGCCAGGUCCUCGACGUACCGCUCCGAGCUUGCUCUUCUGCCAUUAGCAACUCGGCCAUCGACCGCAACCUCCGCGUCCCCAACGCGAGCUACAUCCUGACGGCCAACAACUGCAUCAUGUGCGGCUGCAGCUCCACCAGUUGGCAGCUGGACUGCCAGCCGACGCAAGGGUUGACACCCUCCUGCCCGGCGGCGAAAUGCGGAGAUCUGUUCCUCGGGAACACGUCGACGUCCGCGACCUCGGCCUGCGAGAGCACGACGUGCUCCUACGCCGGCUACACCAACGGCACCUCGUUCACCAUCCUCGCCAACCUCACCACCAGCUCCGUGUGCAACGCUGCUGGGAUAUCGCCGGCCGCGCAGCCGGCCCACUCCUCGGCGUCCAGAUUGGGGUCGCCGGCGCGGUGGUCGGAGCUGAUCGUCGGGCUCCAUGUCGCUCUGCUGUGCCUCGGGUUUCUGCGCCGUGACUGAGUAGCAAUUCAGAUUCUUGUCGCUGGACGUGUAGGUCGUAGCUCUGUCUUGUGAGUAAUUUGAGACGCGCUGCAUGUGCAUGUGCGGCUUCGGUUUGCAGGAUGUGUUAGAAGGCAGACGUUAGGGGAACACUCGCUCUGUGUUAGAAGGUGCUCGUAGAUCAGAUCGGGGCAGAUUUGUAGUGCCGAACAGUAUUUCCAGCGUUCUUGGUUUUGGCCUGGUGUUAUCACUGUCUUGCUAUAAAAUGGGGACCCUCUUUGUUUUA